AUGUUGAGCAGAUCGCCAAUAUGUGUUCUCCGUCGUUCCGAUCGAUACUCCGCCGACAACAAGCGAACAGAUGCACUCCGACCAUUGGGGUGUGCGUCGUACAUACGGGGGGGGGCGAGAUGGCCCAAGUGGUUAGAGCGCGAAUUUACUAACCGGAAGGUCCGUGGUUCGAAUCCGACCUCCGCCACUCGACUUCCCCUGUCUAGGCUUGGGCAACCUGGCAGUAUCCCAGCCCUCUUGCUUCCUUCGGGUGGCAUGGCAGCUAGGCACCGAAAGGGUGCUACAGCUGAACGCUUUCUUUCUUUCUUUCGUACAUACGGGACACCACAUAAAAGUAAGAAAGCCAGUGGAACCAAAAACCAAAACGUGGGUGCACAACCACACUGA